AUGGUCAACAAAGAUCUAGCCAAGAUCUUCGAAAAGAAGGGCCCACAAGCCUAUCACUGGGACAAGGAAAUCGCCGCGGAACCCCCGAACUGGACAGAAACAAUCCUGGCUCUGCGAUCUGAUAAGUUUGGACUUGCUCAAGACGAGGACGGCGGCAAUCAUUACAAGGGCUAUGUGAGGGCGUACAGGGUCAUCUUGACCGAGGCCGAAUAUCGGCGCUUGGAAGGAUAUUGUACCAGUGACAUUCCGACUCGAUCAGAUUUAUCUUGUGAGCUGGAAGAAACAAAGAAAAUGUUAAAGGUCAUUACUGACACGAAGCUAUGUACGUAUUCUCAACUCGCUUAUGUUGCUUUGAUCCUGACCGUCUGCAAAGCCAUUAAGGACCUCGCACGGCUGGAAACUGCCCUUAUAGCACGGAUUCAAGAAUUCAACGAAAUUAUGAAGCCUGAACUUGGAUCUUUAUUCCCGAAAGAAGCUUUGCCCCCAAAGAGACCCUUCGAAUACGACCGUAAGUACUUUGGCAUGGAGCUUUAUCAUGCUCGGCUCAGAGGCGGCUUGCAUUGA